AUGCCCGACAAGCGGCGCUUCGCGAUCGCACAGCACGCCUGGGCCCCGACCGGCGGUGGCGACAACAGCAAGUACCUCUCCUUUGCGUCAGGCGACCGAAUAGAGGUUGUGGAGGAGCGGGAGUCGGGCGGCUGGUGGGCCGGCCGGCUGAAGGGCAAGCUCGGCUGGUUCCCCUCCUCCUUCUGCACCAUCCCGGCCGAUCCGAGCGAGUUUGGCGCGUUUGCGAGCGCCGCCUCGCCGCCGACGCAGAAGCACAGCCCUCGGACCGGCGGCUCGGACGAGUUCGUGCCGUCGCCCGCACGCGAGCCAGCCCGCUUGGCGGCGCCGCUGGCCGAGCUCAUAACCGGCGGCGCUACGGCGGUCGUCUCGCCCGUCUCGCCGGUGCAGGCCCCGUCGCCGGCGCGCAUCGCCGCUGUGCACCCUUCGCGCUCGGACCAGGCGCUCGCGGCGGAGCUGCGGAGCUUCCCGAAGCGCGCCGCGCUCCCCUCGUCGCUCGCGCAUAAGGCCGCGGGGGUGGAGCACAAGCAGACCGUCGACAAGCUGUGGGAGAUCGCCGCGUUCGCAGACGUCUUCGCCGACGCCGCCGGAGGGCGAGGCGGACGGGCGGGCGGACGGCACCACGGGUCGGCCAGGCACGCGCGGGGGCUCGCGGCGGAGAAGGGAUCCCUCUUCGACUUGCUCGAGCAGCUGGUGCCGAUGGUCGCAGCGGUGCCGCCCGGCGGCGUGCUCGUCGUGCCCGCCGCGCACGCGCCUAGCGGCGACUCGUCCUUUCUGCUCGUGCUGCGCCGCGACGACGACUCCACCUUUUCGGUCUCUGUGGCGGCGAGUGGGGGUGCGCCUCUCCGCCGCCACCCGGCGCGUCGCAACAGCGCGAGCGGCCAGCUCGAGUACGCCACUUCGCUGGUCGUGCGGGGCGUGCCUCGCGACCGGCUCGCCGACUCUGCCUUUUGGUUCCUCCUCCUUCGGCAGCCGUACGGCUCGCCGCCUCCGGCCGGGCACGCGGACGGGACGCUGCUGUACGAGGUCCUCCUCCCCGCGCUGUCCGACACGCCGCUCUCCGCCUCGGCCGCCGAGGCGGGAGGGCUGUGGUGGGGCGCGCAGCCCCUCUCGGGCGAUCGCGGCUUUGCGCUGGCCACUGGCGGGUGCUGCGAGCAGCGCCUGGUCACACCCGGCACCCGUGAGCAGGCGGCGUACGCCGACGUGCUGUGGCGCUGGACCGCGCUGCAGCUCGCCCUCGCGCAGGCGGAGUCCGCCGGGUAUGACCCGCUCGAGCCGCGCGCGCGCCUGUCGAGCUCCGAAUGCGAGCUGCUGCGCUUCGGAGCGCGGAAGCUGUGCGGUUGCGCCUCGAGCCUGAGGCACUCGGAGCUCGCCUUCUCCGCGGCGCACGCGGCUGCCCUCGAGGCGACUUGCGCGGCGGUCGGUGCGGUCACUGCGCCGCCAAAGGAGGCGGCGCUCGAGCUGCUCGGCGAGGGAAAGGGCGCCGCAGUGCGCGGGAUGUUCGACCUCUUUGGCCGCGCGCUGCGGGGCCGUUCGGUCGACCACCUCGCGGGCGAGUCCGCCCUCGUGGGCGAGUCCGCGCUCCCUCCGGUGGUGCUGCCGGUCGAGCUCUCGCUCGUCCCAGACUGCGUGAGCUCGUACGAGGACGUCUGCAACGCGCUGCGCCACGCGGUCCACUUGUGCGAGCUGCUCGCCAACCAGCAGGGCUACAUCCCAAACACGUACUGCUUGCGCGUCUCGCUGCUGCAGCACUUGCUCACCGCCGUCAUCCCUCUGCCGCUGCCAUGCUCGCACCCGCAGCGCGCGUCGCGCUGCUUCUGGGCCGCAUCGCCGAUGCGGUACGAGACGCAGGCGGACCUGCUGCGCUUGCUCAACCUCGCGUGCCGCCACUUCGCCGCCUGCUGCUUCUCGAUCCGCGUGACACGAUCCUUCGACGCGGUGCGGCUCGUGGUCGUCGCAACCAUCGCGACCCUCGCGGACGCGGUGAUGCGGAUCCGAUGCGCCGACGUGCCGUCGCUGCUCUGCCUCAACUACUCCGGCGAGGCGGAGGGGCCGGGCGACGCUUUCCACUUCGAGCUCGGCUCCUUCGCCGUCGAGUCGGAGGACCUGCAGCUCGCCUCGCCAGAGCUGCACUGCGCGCGCACGCGCGUCCUCGACUACUUUGCGGCGCAGCGGCCGCACCACCGGCCGAGCCGCGUCCUCUUCGGGUUCGAGCGCUCGAUGGAGUUUGGCGUGGCCGAGGAGGCGCUGCUGCGCCAGCUCUGCCUGCACAUGGCCUUCCCCACCGCAACGCACGGCCAGACCCACGCCGGCGGCUCCUCGCUGCUGCCCGCGUACCUCUCGGGCGAGUCGCGGCUGCUGCUCGAGAACUUCCCCGAGCUCGGCUUCUUCCGCGACAUGGUCUUCCUCUUCAAGAUGCUCAUGGUCCCCACCUCGGAGGCGCUGCCCGAGAUCUGCCCGUGGAUGCCGCUCGACGCGCUCCUCUCGUGGCGACACGACGCCUCGUCGGGCGCGUUCGUCGUCUCCGCCUUCGGCCGCACGCUCAACGCCGCCGCGAUCACCAAGCAGGCGGAGCAGGCGGAGAACUCGUCCUGGCUCGAGCGCAAGCUGCGCAAGGUGUUCGGCGUCACCAAGCCGCGCGCGCCGCCGUCAUCGGCGGACCCGCAGCAGCUGGUCAAGAGCGAGCUCGGCGUGGAGGUCCGGAUCGAGCGCGAGGAGGACGUGCUCCACCUGAAGCAGCUGCCCUCCUUCGACGGCGCGCUCCGCCCGCCCGAGGCGGAGCUACUGCUGCAGUACCUGACGGUGCCGUACCUGCGCGUGCCGCUGCUGCUCCGCUUCUUCUCGCAGCCGUCGCACGUGCACGCGCUCGGCUCGGCCAAGCUGCAGGCCGCGCUCGACGCCACGCUCUUCGAGCCGGGCCAGUGGCAGCUCGAGCGAAGCAAGGAGCUUCCCAAGUGCGUGCCGGCGCCGUCGCGUGCGCACCUCGCCACGCCUGCGGGCAUCCUCUUCAACGAGCUGACCAAGUCGCCCGCCGCGGUCACCGAGUCGGUGCUGCGCAUGGUCGAGCUCGCCAUCGAGCUCGACUCGGGCCGCUACUCCACCGAGUCGACCAACUGCUCCGCCAUCCUGUACGUGCUGCGCAUGGCCGUCCGCGUCGAGGGCUUCAUCCGCUCCGUGCUCGCCGCCAACCCGCCCGACGGGGCGCCGCCGACCGUCGAGCCGGCGCGCGGACUGCAGCUCGACCUGGCCGCGCUGGGGAAGCUGCGCCGCUGCUCGGUCGCGCUGCGGCGGAUGCUGCGCCGCGAGCUGCACGCGCUGCUCGAGCAGUGGAACAACGUGGCGCUGCGCGAGCGGGAGAUGAGCGCGGCGUGCACGCUCUUCGCGCACCUCGCCUUCGUGUACAAGCACAUCGAGGAGGACGAGAUCGACUACCAGGCCCUCUCCACGCUGCUCUGCGCGCAGGUCUUCCUGGGCAACAACCACACCUUCGACGCGGAGCCCGACCUGGCGUCGAAGGGCACGAAGCGCUCGUUCAAGGAGGAGGCGGUCUCCGACGCCGCGCUCGGCAUGCCGCAGACCGAGCUCUUCGAGAUCUUUGCUCGCCACCGCUGCAAGCUGCUGCGCGCCCUCGAGGCGAACCCGAAGCAGCGCAACGAGGCGAUGGAGGCGGUCGUGCGGACGGAGUGGCUGCGGCAGAUGACGACGACGAACGGCGCGAACGCGGAGGUCAACGUCCAGUUCGGCGAGUUCUCGCUGCGCAAGCAGACGCUCGGCCCGCUGCCGCCGCACGUGCGCGAGUCGCCCGACUUCGCGAUGGUGUUCGGCGAGGACGCCUCGGGCCCCACGGCCGAGCCGAUGCAGGCCGUGCGCGUCUCGUCGACCGCGCAGCGAGACUGGUACCACCUCGUCGGCAACCGCGCCGACGUGCACAUCUGGACAGCCGACACGCGCUCGCCCCCGCUCGCCGGCUGCCGCGCCUACCCGCGCGAGCUCCGCGCGAGCGAGCGGUGGGUCCAGGAGGCGAUUCAGCGGGCGCUGAUCCCCGACCGGAUGGCCGGCCUCGAGCUCGCCCUCGGGCUGGUGGUGCACGUGUACGACCUGCUCGAGCACGGCCGCCGCUGGUGGCGCUCGCUCGCCUGGUCGUCGGACGCCGCCGUCUCUCUGCACAACCUCUCGCCGCGCACCGUCGAGGCGCGAGGCAGCCGCGUCCACACCGUGAUGGGCAGCCUGCAGCGCUCCGUCCCGCCCGCGCCGUCGGUCGUCAUCUCGCGCCGGCUGACGGCUGCGCUCGGCAAGCAGGUCUUCGUGCCUCCGCGGCUGCUCUACGGCCUGAUCCCGACGGCGCUGCUCUCCGCCUACGACCUGUGGCAGAACGAGGACGGCUCGCUCAUCGGAGACGUCAAGCCAGGCCACCCGAUCGGCGAUGCGCUGCGCACGCGGCUCGCCGUCUCUCUUUCCGAGGUGGGCGGCACCGUCAGCGGCGCGGUGCGGCGGCUGUGCCUGGUCGACGAGCCGACGCCGGAGGUGGGCGGGCCGAACGCCGCCUCGAUUGUGCCUCGCGUGGCGGCGGCGCAGGGCGCCUCGUCCACCUUCGCAGCCUCGAGCGCGGCGGCGACCGCCGAGGUGGACACCGCCAAGCCGGCGCACACGCUGCUCAACCUGCUGCUCGCCGCACCGGGCUCGCCGCUCCGAAGCCUCGCCCUCCGCUUCGGCCGACUCGAGGACCUGUCGCACGAGGGAGCCGGCGGCCGCGGCUUGCGGCUGUACUGCGCGCAGCACGAGGGCUUCUACCUGUCGCACCGCUCCUCGCCCGGCAUCUCCGAGCUGCUGCGCGGCGUGCCGCACUCUCUGCUGCUCGAGAAGGACGGCGGCAGCCUCUCGCUCCUCGUCUCGGCCUGUGCGCGCCCGCGCCGCGCCGUGCUCGCCGCCGGCCAGUCUGCCGCCGCGCAGGCGCUCUCGCGGCUCUUCCCGUGCGAGGUGGAGCUGGACAACAACGACGAGCACUGGGUGGCGAGCCUGGGGCCGACCAAGGCGUACCUGUACCCGGUCCACCUCUCCCAGUCCUUCCUCUUCUUCCCCUCCCUCGCCGCCGCCCUGUACAUGCUGCUGCUCAAGCUGCUCGCGCGGAGGUACGAGACGGCGAGCGAGAUGGCGCCGCAGUGCGUCUGCGACAGGCCCCUCUCGCGCGAGGAGGCCCAGAUCGUCGCUCUCUUCAACGAGACGCGCGGCGACCAGCACCCGGACGCGCACGCCUGCCGGCUGCGCAUCUCGCUGCACGCUCUCCACACGCCGCUCUACCCGGAGCUGCCUUGGGACCUCGCCGAGGAGCUGAUCGCCUACACGCGCAAGCUCGGCCACGUCUCGCUCCUGCUCCGCCUGUCGGUCUACGACGAGCUCGUGCUGCUCACGCACCUCUCCGUCACACUCAACCGGCAGGAGGUGGGCCUCAAGCCGCAGGCAGUGCAGACGCGCGACACGCUGCCCUGCCCCGCCUUUGGCGGCGGGCCGCACUUCGACGCCGUGCAGGACCGCACCUCCAUCUCUGGCGAGGGGCUCGGCGCGCUCUUCGGCAAGUUCGAGGCGCUCUCGUACUCGCGGCCGGAGAACCCGGUCGGGCGAGAGGCGGCGUCGGCGCUCGACCGCUGGCUGCGGAACGGGCUCGAGCUGCGCGGCGGGCGCGACCAGAAGGGGUUCCUGUUCCUGUACGAGCUAAUGCGCGGCGAUGUCUUCUUCAAGCUGCUCUCCAACGACUCUGGCCACACCCUCGGCUGCUUCUUGCUGCGGCUGCUGCCCGCCUCCGAGUGGAGCUCCAAGGGGGUGCUCAUGUCGACGCUGCGGGUGAUGGCGCACAACCCGCAGCUCGCCCGACACCUGCCCAAGUUCGAGGACGACCGCAACGUCAAGGUCUCCGUGAUGUUUCGCGGGCAGGACGUCCUCGCCAAGCUCUUCGAGAAGCUCACGCUGGUGCUCAAGGGCCUCGAGGCGGACGGACACAUCCAGUGGCCACUCCACUCCUUCCCCGCGCUGAAGCUGCAGCCGCUCGUGCGCCUGCCCGCCCCGCUCCUCGCCCGCGUCCACGGCGCCGACAGCGCCACGCCGCUGCCGCUCCCGUACCGCCGCUGGCUGUGGCUGUCGGACGGCGCGCCGAGCGCGCCGCGGCGUCUCCGCCUCGCCUCUUGCGCGGAGGGCGAGGCGGACGCGCUGGCUGGCACGCCGCUCCGCCCGAUCGACCUGUCGCGCCUCGUCGUGGAGCGGACGCGCUCGCAGCGCGGCCUCCCUCCGCUCGAGGCGAGGCUGCCCUUCGCGCUGUCGAGCCACCCGGCGGCGCAGUCGGACCUCGCCGCCGCGAUGAUCCGGAGGCUCGAGGAGGACUUCCUCUUCCACACGCACCACCAGAACGAGCUCGCGCUGCCCGAGCUGGUGGGUUUCACCGACGCCGAGCUGCGGGCGCAGGCGACCACACCGAGCGGCUGCCGCGCGCUGCAGGACGCCGCGGCCUCGCUCGUCGAGCGGCUGCAGGCGCUGCUCCAGCGCGACAACGACCGGAUGCUCGCCCUCUCGGAGCUGCUGCUGCUCAACCCGUACCUCUCCCGCGAGCAAGCGGCGCGCGUGUCGGACGAGACCGCGCUCGCACUGCUCACCGCCAACCGCAUCGCCCAGUCCCUCCGCUGCCUCGACGAGGCGCGCGGGCUGCAGGUGCUGCUGCUGCAGCUGCAGGCGCCGCCGCGGCCAAAGAACGCGACCGCUCUCAAGCGCGAGCUGCAGCGCGAGGUGAGCUCAAAGGCGAACCUGCUCGCGUCGGCGCUCGUCUCGCGCCGCCACUACUUUGGGCCCUCCUCGACGGGCUCCUCGCUCGUGUACGAGCCCCACUUCCUCAUCUACGAGUUCACGCACGGCAUGCUCCUCCGCGAGGCGCAGGUCUCGCUGCUGCGCAAGUUCCUCGACGCGCAGGCGGCGGGCCGCUCGCUCUGCCACCAGCUCAUCAUGGGGCAGGGCAAGACGACGGUCAUCGCGCCGAUGCUCGCCAUCAUGCUCGCGGACGGCGAGCGCUUCGUCGUCUCCGUCGUGCCGCCGCACUUGCUGCCCUCGGCGCAGGGUGUCCUGCGAGAGCGACUCGGCGGGCCCGUCGCUCGCCCUGUCUACGGCAUGCGCUUCGACCGGUACACCACUGUCGAGGGCUCGCUGCUCGAGCGGCUGCGGCACGCGACGCGGCUGCGCGGCGUGCUGCUCCUCGACCCGACCUCGCUCAAGUCGGUCCUGCUCAAGUUCAUCGAGGGCGUCGCCUCCCUCCAGGGCGAGGCUGCCCGCCGAGCUGCUCAAGCGCAUCACGCGGCUGCUCGGGCUGCGGCGGCGGCAGCCCGGCUCGAUCGGGCGCAAGCGGGCCGAGGCGCCGCGCCACGGGAGGGCGCCGAGUUGAGCCGCGGGCUGGCCGAGAGUAGGCGCAAGCGCGCCGAGGAGCUGCGACACGAGACGCGCACGCUCGCCGACGUCCUCUCCAUUCUCCGCAAGUCGGUCGGCCUCCUGGACGAGGUGGACGUGCUGCUCCACCCGCUGCGCUCCGAGCUCAACUGGCCGCACGGCGAGCGCAAGCCGAUCCACUUCGCGCCGCUGCGCUGGCAGCUGCCCUUCCACCUCCUCGACGGCAUCCUCUACCCGAUGAGCCGCAAGUGCACCGCCGCGUGGCACGAGGGCCCCGAGGCGCAGCAGCUGCUCGGACAGAUCACCGAGGCGGUGGACGAGGGUGCGCGCGACUUCUCGGUGCAGCGGGCGCCGCACUUCGUGCUGCUGCAGCGCCCCUUUUACGACGCGCGCCUGCGGCCGCUCCUGACCCACUGGGCGCUGCUCUGGCUCCGCCGGAACCGCGUGCAGCACGGCUCGGACGAGCAGAUCGCGGCGUACAUCGGGCGCGACCCAGACGCAGACGGCAGCGGGACGGUCCUCGCUGACGGCUCGCUCGGCAGCAAGCCGGGCGGUCCCGAGGCGGUCGGCUUGCAGCGGUGGGACGACCUCGUUGGCACGAUGCCGGAGGAGCACGCGCAGCUGCUCAACCUGACGCACACGUGGCUCCGCUCGGUGCUGCCGCACGUGCUCUCCAAGGUCGGCCGCGUGCACUACGGCCUCCUGCCCGACUCAGCGCUGCUCCAGGAGGCCGCCUCGAGCUCGACGCCGCAGGCGCGGCAGCUGCUCGCGGUGCCGUUUGUUGGCAAGGACGUGCCCUCGCAGGCGGCAGAGUUCUCGCACCCCGACGCGCUCAUCGGCCUCUCCAUCCUCGCGUACCGGCACGAGGGCCUGCGGCCGCAGGACCUGCGCGCGCUCUUCUGCCUCCUUCUCGAGACGAUGGGGCAGGAGGGGGGGCCGUUCCGCGACCGACCCACCUGCCGGAUGUACUCGCACUGGAUCGAGCUUGCCGGCCGCCACGUGCGAGGCGCCUCGUAUGUGGGCCAGAGCGGCGGCCAGCCGCGCGGCGGCGGCGUGGACUUGCUCACCCCCGAGCCCGACCAGCUCUCCGCCCGCAACUCCGAGGCGCACGACCAGGAGGGGCUGUGGCCCCUGCAGCUCGUCAACCCGGGCGACGCCGAGCAGAUGGGCGUGCUCUUUGGCCUGCUCGGCCAGCUGCCGCACGCGAUCCAGCACUACCUCGAGCAGCUCGUCUUUCCGCUGACGAUGCAGCACCAGUCGCGCAAGCUCUCUGCGAACGGGCAGGACCUCGGCUCGAGCGCGCUCUUUGGCUGCCGGCUGGGCUUCUCGGGCACGCCGACCCGCUGCGCCGCGACUUCUAGGAAGCUGCUAGGAGCCCUCUCGGAAGCGUCCCUUAGGCACGCCGUCGUGUCGUACGACUUUCUGCCCGACAGCUGGAGCGUGCACCAGCUGCUCGACGACAUCGCCGACGCCUCCCCGCCGUACCACACGCUGAUCGACGCGGGCGCGCUCAUCACCGGGCUGACCAACGUGCAGGUCGCGCGGUACCUCCUCUCGCGAGGGCUCUACGGCAUCGAGGGCGUCGUAUUCCUCGACGAGCGAGACCGCCAGAUGAUCCUGCUGCGCGCCGGGCUCAAGGUGCUUGAGCUCAAGGGCUGCGGCGUCGCCGCGGCGCGCCGCUUCACCUUCUUCGACCAGGUGCACACGACGGGCGUCGACGUCGAGCAGACACUCUCUGCCCGCGCGGCGAUGACGCUCGGCAAGGACAUGACCUUCCGCGACUUUGCGCAGGGCGCGUUCCGCAUGCGCGGCAUCGGCGCCGGCCAGACGAUCUGCCUGCAGAUGACGCCGCAGCGGCUGGCGCACGUCUUCCGCCAGCGGUCGCUCGAGCACCUCCUCGCCCACCACGCGAGGUGCGGCACGCCCGAGGCGCGCUCGCACGAGAAGAGCGCGCUGCGGGUGUUUGUCGAGCCGCUCGCCUUCGACCUUCCCUCCGCCGUGCCCGCGCCCGUCCGCUGCGGCGAGCGCGCGCUCGCCCUCGCCGAUGCGCACCGCGGCUUCCUGGGCAGCGAGCUGGCCGCCGAGGAGAAGACACUGUACCAGGAGGUGGUGCACCAGAGCUCGAGGACCCAGCGCUCGCUGAUGAUGGAGCACAACUUUUCGCGCGAGGCGGACUCCGACCGGCCGUGGGACCUCAAGCUGCUGCACGAGGUCUACUCCGCCUCGCCGACCGGCAUGUUUGGGACCGGCGGCCCAUUCUACCCGUGGUCGCGCUUCGGCGUCUACCGGUCGGGCGCGCAAAAGGCGCGGCCGCUCAAGUGGCCCGCGCGGCUCUGGAUGUCGAACAACCACUUUUGGCCGGGCUGGACGCUCAAGGCGCACCGCCGCCUCAAGAACGUCAUCUGCGCCAUGGAGUGGCAGCCGCCGUCGCGCCGCUCGUCGACCGACGCCCUCGGCGUGACGCCCUCGCUGACGUCGGCCGAGGCGGCGCGCGUGCGCGCCUCGUUCGGCUUCUUCGACGCGGCCGCCGACGGGAUGCUCACCGCCGCGGAGCUCGCCGCCCUCGGCCGCGCCGUCGACCUGCACACCGUCGCUGCCAUCGCGUCCGCCGCGUCCGACUCGCUGCAGGACGGCGGCCGGCGCGUGGGCGCGCUCACGCUCAGCGAGCCCGAGUCCCCGGUGGUGCCGCUGGUGGAGGAGCAGCUGCGCUCGCACCAGGAGGGGCCCGGCUCGCGCCACUGGAUCGUCCUCUCGCUCUCCGAGGCGGAGUCGUUGCGCGGGGCGCUGCACAUCUCGCAGGAGAAUGGCGACGGGCUGCUCGCGGCGGGGUACGCCGGCUCCGACCCGCCGCCGCUGGUCGCGCUGCACACGCACUCGGAGAUGCUGGACGCGGUCAACUACGUGAGCGACUCGACCUCCGAGUACGAGCAGGGCGUGGUGCGCGAGUGCUUCUCCUUCCUCUCGUCGCACACCGAGUUUGGCACGCGCGCGCAGCACCUGCUGCUGCGCUGCCUGCAGAGCAACGACCCGAAGGAGCGGCAACACUUCUUCAACGAGGUGCGCUCCUGCCGGCGGCGGCGGCAGUCGGCGUGGGAGCGGACGCCCGCCGCGGCCGUGCUGCAAGAGAAGGACGAGUUCACCCUCUUUGAGCACCGCGCGCUCCUCGCCGCGAUGUCGCACCGCAUGCAGGCGCGCGGCCUGUCUCCGCUGCAGGCCUUCCACGCCUUCAACGUGUCUCGCUCGGGGCUGAUCGGCUCGUCGGAGCUCUACUCUGCCCUGCGGUGGCUCGACAUGCCGGUCACCGUCCCGCAGGUCCACGAGUCGAUGCGCCGCCUCGACGCCGACCACGACGGCCUCAUCUCGUGCGACGACUUUGACCUCGUGAUCCCGCUGCUGCGCAUCCCCGAGCUCUACCGCUCCGCGCCGAAGACGCCCGCGCGCCUCCUCUCGCGCGAGGAGCUCGCGCGCUUCGCCUUCUCGCUGCGGCCGGCGUCGGGCUUCGUGCGGGUCGCGCGGCUCCACAAGCCCGGCGCGAGCAGCCUGACCGUCUGGCAGCCGGUCGAGCGCGGCGGUCUCUCCGCCGGCAAGGCGGUCGUCACGCUCGGCCACCACGCGAGCACCGCGCUGGAUGCGGUCCCCGCGCGGGGCGCCGCCAUGGUGGUCGAGGCGCGCGCACCUCUGGCGGCGCUCGACCAGGUACUGCCGCCGCCCGAGCGGUACUUGUGCGUGUGGCACGUGUCAGGGCCCGAGCCGCUCUCCAUCUGGCAAGCCGUGCCCCCGUCCAAGGAGUUUGUGCCCCUCGGCUCCAUCGUGACUUGCACAGGACGCGAUCAGCAGCCGCCGCUCGACGCGAUGCGCUGCGUGCCAAAGGCGUGGGCCACCAAGGCGGCGGCGCCGGAGCUCAUCUGGGAGGGGAGCGAGGGCUGCAUCUGGCAGGCGGCGGCCAUGGGCGUGCUCCUGCCGACGCGCGGCCGCGCCAAGCCCGACGCCGUGCUCGAGCUUGACCCACGCAAGAUGCGACUCGAGGCGCCGGCUGGGCGAUGA